AUGAAGAUCAAGCUUUCUUCGUCGGCACUCGUGCUGGCCUCUCUUUCGCUCGUCUACGCCGGCGAUGACACUUGUGCUCCUCCUGCUGCUGCCAAUGCUACUCAGGCUGUGCCAGUUCCUCAGUCCUUCCCCGUUCCCACAUACUCCCAGGCUCCGCUAGCCGGCUGCUACUGCACAUGUACCUCGGGCUGGAACCCAGCCAACGGUCCUUGGGGCGGCAACGGUGCUGGAUGGGGCUCUGGCUCUGGCUCUGGCUCUGGCUCUGGCUCUGGCUCUGGCUCUGGCUCUGGCUCUGGCUUUGGCUCUGGCUCUGGCUCUGGCUCUGGUAGCGGUUCCGGUUCCGGUUCCGGCACCAAGAGCCCUGGAUCUGGCUCCGGUUCCCACGAUGGUGGAUCUAAUGGUGGUGGCGGCUCUCACGGUGGUGGAUCCAAUGGAGGCGGAAACGGUGGCGGAAACGGUGGUGGAAACGGCGGUGGAAAUGGUGGCGGAAACGGUGGCGGAAACGGCGGUGGAAACGGUGGCGGAAACGGUGGCGGAAAUGGUGGCGGAAAUGGUGGCGGAAAUGGUGGCGGAAACGGUGGUGGAAACGGCGGCGGAAACGGUGGCGGAAAUGGUGGCGGAAACGGCGGUGGAAACGGUGGCGGAAAUGGUGGCGGAAACGGUGGCGGAAACGGUGGCGGAAAUGGUGGUGGAAACGGCGGUGGAAAUGGUGGUGGAAACGGUGGCGGAAAUGGUGGCGGAAACGGUGGCGGAAACGGUGGUGGAAACGGCGGCGGAAACGGUGGCGGAAAUGGUGGUGGAAACGGCGGUGGAAACGGUGGCGGAAAUGGUGGCGGAAACGGUGGUGGAAACGGUGGCGGAAACGGCAAUGGUAAUUCCGGCAUUGGCAACGGCAUCGGAAACGGCAAUGGUAACAUUGGCAACAACAAUGGCAACAACAACGGAAACAACAACUCCGGUAUUGCCAACGGUGUCGGCAACGGGAACCUCAACCUCGGUGACAACAACGGAAACAACAACGGAAACAACAACUCCGGUAUUGCCAACGGUGUUGGCAACGGGAACCUCAACCUCGGUGACAACAACGGAAACAACAACGGAAACAACAACUCCGGUAUUGGCAACGGUGUUGGCAACGGGAACCUGAACCCCGGUAACAACAACGGAAACAACAACGGAAACAACAACUCGGGCAUCCUUGACGGCGCGUUGAACGGCAAUGGAAACAUUGGCGACAACAACGGAAACAAGAAUGGCAACGGCAACUCUGGCAUUCUGGACGGUACCGGCAACGGCAACCUCAACCUUGGUGACAACAACGGCAACAAGAACGGCAACAACAACAGCGGCUCGCUCGACGGCUCUGGAAACGGCAAUGCCAAUCUUGGUGACAACAACGGCAACCAGAAUGGCAACAAUAACUCGGGUUCAGGCAACGGCGAUCUGUCGGGCAACGGCAAUCUGGGUUCCAACAACGGUAACCAGAAUGGUAACGGCAACUCCGGUUCCGGCAACGGCCUCGUCGAUGGCAACCUUAACGCUGGCUCGAACAACGGUGACAAGAAUGGCAACUCGAACUCGGGUCUGCUGAAUGGUGUCGUCGACGGCAACGCCAACCUUGGCUCCGGAAACGGCAACGAGAAUGGUAACAAGAACCCUGGCUCUGUCAACGGUGUCGCCGAUGGAAACCUCAACGCCGGCUCAGACAAUGGAAACAAGAACGGCAACGAGAACAGCGGACUCGCAAACGGUGUAGCUGAUGGCAACGCCAACCUUGGAUCCGAGAAUGGCAACAACAACGGCAACAAGAACGACGGUAUUGCUAAUGGCGUCGGUACCGGUAACGCCAACUUGGGCAGCGACAAUGGAAACGACAGCGGCAACAACAACAGCGGUAUCGGCAACGGUGUUGCUGGUGGCAACCUCAACGCUGGCUCUGGUAACGGUGACAAGAACGGCAACAACAACUCUGGUCUCUUGAACGGUGUUGGUGAUGGCAACCUCAACCUGGCCAAGGAUGCCGGCAGCAACAAUGGCAACAACAACGAUGGCGCUCUUAACGGUAUUCUCAACGGAAACGCCAAUGUUGGUGGUGGCAAGAUUGGCAGCAACAACGGUAACUCCAACACUGGCUCGGGUAACGGUUCUGGAACCGGAAACGGCAACGUCUCGCUCGGUGACAACACUGUCGGUUCCGACAACGGAAACGGUGGUACUGGAUCUGGUCAGGGAACUGGCAACGGUAACUUGAACCUCAUCCUGGGUUCGGGUAACAAGGUCGGCUCCGGCAACCAAGGCAGCGGCAACGGUAACGGCAACAUCAUCAUCGGCAACGAUCAGACUGUCGGCAGCAACCAGUCCGGAAGCGGUCACGGUAAUGGAAACAUCAUCAUCGGAACCGGAUUGGGUCUCGACAUUGGUCUUCCCGGAACCGACAACUUCCACAUUCACGCCAGGAGGGCUCGUCCCCUCGGACAGAGGCUUUGGACCGGCAACACGGUCAACGUCGUGGCCUGA